AUGAGAACUGAUUGUUUCUUAUCCCCAACAACUCUGUAUCUUCUUGCGUUUCUUUCUUUUCUUUCAGUACCAGCUGCACUGGAUGUUUGUCAGAGCCCGGUCGCAGCCCCUCCAUCGCCAACAUAUGGAGAGAAAAACCUGCCGUGGAAAAGUGGCAUGGUUUCCCUCCAUCCCUGUGUGUCCGAGGAGGCAACUAAAAUUAUCCAUAUAGACCUGCAGCAAGCUUGGAACCAGAGCAUCUCCUCUCUUGAGAGCCUGGCUUCUCCUCUAGCACCUCCGGAGCCUCAGCACCCACGUGUUAGCGCCCUCUCGAGGCUGGGAGGACCCGUGCGGACCCCUGCGAAGGGAAAAAGUGGUGGUGGUGUUUGUGCAGAAUCAGGAAGUGAUACAGGUUCAGGGCAGUUCAGGUUCCCUACAGGGAAGGAGAAAGAGGAGGAAGGCACCCUCUCUCAGCAGCAGCAGGAAAUGCAGCCCCUGUCUUCUUUGAGGCCGCCGCCACCACCUGCCACACAAUCCGCCGGAAAGAGAAGGAAUCCUUGUGUUUAUCUUAGAAGUCUGGUGACAGUGCCACCUUCUGGUGAGGAUCCACAAAGCAGGAGGCCGACCCAACUGUAAAAUCUCUCUCUUUCCUGUUUUAUCUUUUCAGGACCCUUGAUCAUCUUACUGCAGACAUUUACCUCCUCAGGCCAGACUUAUUUUUUUUUUAAGUCAGUAAAUUCCUUUCUAAGAGACUAUUCAUUUGUUCUUCUUUUUUAACUCUAAUAUGUUACGUGGGCUUAGAAAUGGUUGGUAGAGUUAGCCGAGGGUCCAUUUCCUUUGUGUACAGGGCAGUUCCUUUCACACUUCCUUUUUUGUUAGUUUGAAGUGAUCUGCCCUGUAUUAUGUACCUCUGCAUAUGUGAUUGUCAAAAUCUACAACUAUUGAACAUAUAUAAGGCUGAACCACAUUCCAAAGGCCUACUGGGUGUGUCUGUCAAACUGUCCUCCCUCACUCAUUCACUCACAUGAAAGAAAAGAAAAUCACUUCAUGGUUACUCUUAACUUCACAGCGUUAAUCUUCAAUCAGCCUGUCCAUCUUAAAACAAGAAUGAGUAGUACUGAGGUCUUCCCUUUUCAGACUGGGAUGACAAAGUAACACAUUUUCUUAUUGCACAUCACAGAGCACAUGAGGUUAGGGCUACAUGUCUUCAGUCACAGACAUUAUCUCUAAAAUAUGCAUAACAAAUCCACACCCACAGCAUUGGGUGACAAAUAAUUCAUGAUAGUUGUCAUCAGGAGCAUUUAAGCUAUGUACAGGAUAUAUAAGCUUCUA